UUGUGACUUGUGACAGCGUGACUGAAUUUCGGACUAUUUGGCAAAGCGAACGAAGACAACAAGGGAAUAUUAAAAUGUGGAUUAUUUAGAUGUGAAAGUGUUUAUUUCGCAUUGUCGUUGAGAACCAUUAAGAUUCCAUUGUUACUUGUUAGUGUUUCCUAAAAUUAAACAAAAAAAUGAGUGAUGACGACCGAGAUAUUGACGUUGAAAGCGACGAGGGUGACGAUUCCGAUUCUCGUCAAGCAACAUCUAGACAGUCGUCAGGAAGUCAAUAUUAUUCUCAGGCCGAGAAGCGAGCCCAUCACAACGCUUUGGAGAGGAAACGGCGAGAUCACAUAAAAGACAGUUUUAGUAGCUUAAGGGAUUCAGUACCAGCCCUAAACGGAGAAAAAGCGAGUAGAGCACAGAUUUUGAAGAAAGCCGCCGAGUACAUCCUCUUCAUGAGGAAAAAGAACAGCUCGCACCAACAAGACAUCGAAGAUCUGAAGAGGCAGAAUACCUUGCUCGAAGCUCAAAUUCGUACGUUAGAAAAAGCUAAAUCGACAGGGUCGUUCAAUCUCGACGCGGACAUCAAAGAUAGUGUAUUUAACGAGACCGAAUCGGACACGUCUGAUGCGGAGGGAUCGUUGCAGCAGAGGAGGCCGAAGAAAAUGAAAGUCGGAUCGUACCAUUAGGAAUUAAGUAAGGUUUAGUAAAUGACAAGUGUAUUUGUAGAUUGGCCGGGGCGUUUGUGACGUACGAACUGUUUUUUAACUUGCGUUAAGGGCUCGGUUGAAAUGUUAACGAAGAAAUUAAUUCGUAAUUAUUGGAAAUGCUGUUUUAUAAGUGUAUUUUUUAGGAGAAACAUCGUAAAAUACAAUCAUACUUGUCAUGUUGUGUCCUCAAAUAUAAAAUAAGUGUCACUUGUUUGUUUCCAGUUCUUUUAUGGGAUUUAAGUGAUUUUUUUUAUAUAAAUUUGAACAUUAUCUGUUAAUACAUAUUUAGUUUAUGUUUUAUUCGUGGUUGUUCAGCCCUUGUAAAAUGCUUGUAUAAUUUGUUAUAUCCGUAAAAUGUUUUUGAAUUUUAAUACAAUCUCAUGGAUAAUGUAUAAUAUUAAAUUAGUUUAUAGUUUUUAUUGUUUUUUUAACGUCCUCGACAAAUUAAUGGAAUGGGUAAGUAUGGGGAUAAAAUUAAAAUCGACAAAUCGAAUUGUAUUUUUAUUUUUAAGACAUUAAUAUGAAACAUAAAACUAACAUGAAUUUGUGUUCUAACAAAGAAUAUUAACAGAUUAGUGUUAAAUAACAAUUUCGUCUCUAAAAUUCCUAGAAGCAAAUCAAAAAUUUUCCAAAUUAAUUUUUUUGUAAUUUUUCCGAUCGCUUCAAAAUAUUAAAAAACAGCAAUAGUUACAAUUCAACAACAAUAUUGCAAUAAUUUGCGCCUGAUGAUUCAAAAACCGUGCUUUAUAUUUAAAAUUGCAGAAAAACUCUAAAAUUUAAAUACAUUCAUAUAUUUCUAAUAGAAUAAAUUCGUAAUAUAGGUAAUUUUUAUAUAUAUUUGAAAACCAAUAAAAUACAGUUUACAACUACACCAAAAAAAUACCUUAUUUACACAUUCGAGAAAAAAUUUAAGCGAAAUCAAAUCAUGCAUUAAAUUUACUUUAAAUAAACUCAUUACUUGAUUUCAACAUGUCAAAAAUGGAUAAUAAUGUCCCUGGUUGAAUCAAUUCAGUUGUAAAAUCCAUGUUGAAUCAUUUACGGCCAUUUGAUGGACAAUGUGAAAUUUAAAACGAAAAUACAAUUUACCAAAAAAUAGAAUAUCAAAUAAAAUAUAUACGAAACGACGUAACCACAUAUAAUACAUUUUGAUUCACAACGAAUGGCUGCCAAUUUAAUGACGAUUGUUCUAUUCCACAAAGUAUAACAAUUCUUUAAAGACAUUUAGAAUAUCCCUAUAAUUACAUCAUAAUUGCAUAACUCAAUCAAUUUGAAUGCAAGAGAAAUAACGACGUACCCAGUGAAUCAAUCUGUAUUGGUACAGUAAAAAAUUCAGACAAGUAGGUACCUAAUUUAUUUAACACAACCGAACUAAUCCCUUUAGUAACCUCUACCACCAACAAAUGUCUCGUAUAAUUCCAUAACCGACGCGAGAAUGGUAGAGAUUACCAAGUACAUUGCCUCUAGUUCAAGAAUUUUAUUCAAAGUUCGAUUCAUUGUUCAAAUGGACAACAACAUCAAUAUUCAUGCUGGUAAUGAUGCUUCCCCAUCUGUUUAUUGUCUGAUUUUUUUUAAUUCGAUUGGCAGCACUUAAAGUACAAAAUAUCAGCUACCAGCAGAGAAUCGGCGCUGCGUAUUGAGACCUACAUUGCAAUUUAUCAGCGUGUGUUUAACAUAUGUACGCUGUUAACAAUGAGUCCUUUUCAUCACAGAUAUAUUAACGUAAGUUCCAAUGGGGAUCGCGUGUUAAUUAAGUAGCUCUGAUCGUUCUGCGAUCCCGAUGGAGCAUCAACAGAUUUCGAUGGCAACAAACUCGCAUCCAAUGCGCAGGAACUGGGAAUCUAAAGUAUAUUUAACGAUACAGGAAUGUUUGUGGGUUUCGUAACAAUUUUCGUGCAAUUAGCAAAUUAUUCCGAAUGAAACCCUGCACAUUGGAUGCAUUUCCGACACACACACGAGACAUACUAAAUGACAAUCGUAAAACAUCUUGUUAAUACUAAUAUCUUGGACUAGUUUUUCUCUCAUUACAAUAGCAGGUUAAGUUUUGUUACAAUCACUUUGUUAUUCAGGUACAAGAUCUUAAUGAUUUUUUGUCACUAAUCUUUGAUUCACUCACAUAAAAGUUGAUAUUCAAAUUAUUCGACGUUUUGAUAAUCGAAUCAUAACAAAAAACGUACAGUCGCUGUAAAGUAUACUCAAAUCGGAUCGAUCAGCAAUAAUUCUUUAACAAUUUUGUCGAUGAAAAAUAAGUUAUAUUCGACAAUUCGAGUAUACGAUAUCCAAUAAAUCGUUAUACGAAGAAUGCAAAAAAAAUUGUGGUAAUUACACAAAUAUUGGCAUUGAAUGAAUACUAGAUAAGUAUGAUGACUGUGCUUGGUACAUUCUUCGUAAAAUCAUCUUCAACAAUCGAUCAUUCAAUUAAGAAAAUGUAACACAUACAUAUAUAUGAUCAGUUCUACAUUAUUAUCUACCUACAAGAUAUAUAUUUUUUGAAUUAUAUAUAAUUACAGAUACAGAUUCAUCUUUCUUCGCACUAAAGAAGUAAUAUAAUUAGUUUCUCAUAACUUUUUAUUAACCUGACUUGAAUAUAUUGGUCUUUGGUCAAUAUUUUUUCAAUAUAUCAUGUUUAAUCUCUUUAUCUUUAAUACUGUGUAAUCACUAACUUGAGAAUUAUUUAUCAUUAAAUGUUCUUAAGCAUUUGAAAUAGAAUAUUCGUUGAAUUAUGUAAUUUGCAGUGGUAACAAAUUUUUAAAAACUAUAAAAUUUCAAUUCAACAACAACUCGCAUCAGUCUCAUUUGCGUAUAUAAAAAACGUGGUAUAAAUAAAAACAAAAAUUGGCUAAAAAGUAAACAUAUUUUGACUGUUAAUCAGCUCCACAACGAACAUUUGUCUACGUAAUUUUGUUUUAUUUGUUCUUGUUAUUACUUACACAUUGAACACAUAAAUACUGCAACAUUACAUAAUCAACACAUUGUAUGUAACAUACUUAACAUUGUAGGAACUGUAUUGGAUAUAUUGCAUAUAGUUCUUAAAAUAAAAAUAUAAAAUUCAACGCAAAAAAUAUAAUAAAACAAAAAACAGAUCAUAAGAAUAGGCUGCGUUAUUAACCUAUGUUUUGGUCAAAAGAAAAGCAAUUUUUUUGUUCCGUUUUAUCCUCAAACAACCGUUCGAAAUCGUUACGAAUCGGCGACAAUUCUCAACGUAUUUUAUUUUAAAGAGCUCAUCGAUCGUUGUUACGUUUGCUUUUCAUUCUUUUUAAGUGUUUCAAUAUCACAGAUGUUUAACUUCUUAUCGCUACUGUUUCAUUUAUCAACGAAAAUAGUCAGACUUUGCACGUUUGGAUAUUUGUUGGAAUGUGCAAAGUAUUUUUAUAUCACCUCUUUCAGCUUAAACUAACACAUUAUAUACUAUAAAAAACAAUAAUUUUUUUCCUGAUAAAUCGUUCAUUCACGACCUGCAGAAGCGCCAAAUCUGGGGCAACAUUUAAGAUACAGCAACGUGCGUUAAUUUAACAUUUUUUUAACACUACUUAUAAAAUUAGACACAUUUAUAUAAUAUUUUAAUGCAGUAUUUGUAUAUGUUAUCUAAUUAAAAUGUAACCGUCGAUUUACUCGCUUCUACAUGUACAAAAAUCUCCCUAUAAAACAAUAUUUAUUUGAACGUCAUUCUCGCAACCGUUUAUCGAAUUAAAGAGAGCAAACAAAAUAAAAAAAAUAUUUAAUUAGGUGCUCGGUUAAAUAGAUGUUUGAAGUUUUAUUUGUAAGUUGUACUUAACUAGUGGAGGUCUGCUAAAACUAGUGGUAACAAAUAUUCAUCCGAAUCCCCGCCCGUCGGAUUACGAACUACUGGGUGCAGUUUCGAUCUUUUCACAGGUUUCCACGGUUUCUCCGAAUAGUCGUUUGUAUCCUAUAUAAAAACAAUAUAAUUGAAUCGUCACCCGACAAAAUAGCCCAAAGAUAAAACCAAAAGCAAAAAUCACUCAAGAUAAAACACCAAAAAGGCAAAAUCCCUAAAAUAAAACAGCUAAAAGACAAAAUCGCCCAAGAUAAAACAGCCAAAUGGCAAAAUCACCCAAGAUAGAACAGCCAAAAGGCAAAAUAGUCCAAAAAUAAAACAGCAAAAAGGCAAAAUCGCCCAAGAUAAAACAG